GCGUAGCGGAGCGGCACGCGCAUGCUCAAAGAGCUUGCAGGAAAAAAAGCCGAGGAUGUGUUUGCCACUAUAAAACGCACCCUGGAAGUUAGGCGAUGGCGAACACGGAGGUGGCGGUGUCCGUGGGAGACAUGGUGAUGGUGAAGACCGAGGAGGAAGACCCCAACAACAGCACCAAGACCCAGGUCAUCCUGCAGCUCCAGUCAAUAACACAGGGGGUGUGUGAAGACACUGCUGAGAUGGGCACAGCUGUUGUGGCAGUAGAGACACACAGUGAAGAUGGCACCGCAGAAGGGGAGGAGGUGGAGUAUGGCUACCCAAUCACAUGUGGGGACAGCAAGGCAGUGCUGCUGUUUAAGAAGUUUGUUUGCCCAGGAAUCAACGUCAAGUGUGUCAAGUAUGAUGACCAGCUGAUCAGCCCCAAGCAGUUCGUGCACUUGGCUGGAAAGGCCACUCUGAAGGACUGGAAGAGGGCCAUCCGACUGGGCGGAGUCAUGCUCAGGAAGAUGAUGGACUCGGGCCAGAUCGACUUCUACCAGCACGACACCGUCUGCACCAACACCUGCCGCAGCACCAAGUUUGACCUGCUGAUCAACAACACGCGUUUCCCCCCACAGAGCAGCGCGCCGCCCGCAGCCUCAUCUCCCCAAGAAAAUGGGAGUCAGGUGACCGUGGUGGAGGACCGGUCUGAAGAGACGGCUCCUGUCACCAUGGACUGGAGCUCCAGCACAGCUACCGCCGCCGCUGCUGCCGUGGGAACUGACGCGGAGAUCAAGACGGAGUUGGAAGAUAUCGGCACCGACACUCUGAGCUUCUGGAAGGGCAUCGCGGACGUGGGGCUGAUGGGGGAGGUGGUGUCCAACAUCCGCACCCAGCUGCUGGCCCUGCUGAGGGGGGUACAGCUGCGGAGCGGGCAGGCAGCCCUGCAGGAACCCGACGCAGCGGUUCUGAACAACCUGGCCCAGAUGUUCGGGCUCCUGGACUCGGUGAAGCGGGCCCUGGAGAACCGCAGGAGCCAGACGGAUGACAGCCAGGAGGAGGUCCACAGCACCCUGAGCAACCUGGAGCGUCAGCUGGAGGAGCAGAAGAAGCAGACUCGCGAUUGGCGGGAGCGGUCCCAGCCCUCGCCCAAUGACGUCCUGAUGUCCCCCAGCGGCUCCUCCAAGCCCCAGGCCCCUAAGAGGCGGCGGCUGCAGCGUCCGGCCUCGUCCUCAGGCCUGCAGCAGGACCAGCAGUUUGCCAUCUUCUCCCCCAUCACCAUCGCCGCCGCAGGGCAGUCCCUAGGCGUGGCACAGCUGCCCGCCGGCUCCCAGCUCCUCUCCCGCUACGCCCUGGCCACCGCGGGCGGCGGGAAGGCCGACACUGCCACCCUCCGCCCCGCCUCAAGCCUGACCGUCCUCAGCGCAGCUGCAGUGUCAGAGCAUGGCCAGCUGGGGGCGACAGUGAGCCCUGUGGAGCUGGUGCACCUGGCCGGUGAGGGGGAGGAGCCAGCCGGAGUGGCGGCGGGUCAGCGGGAAGGGGAGGCGGAGGAGGAGGGGCAGGUGCACGCCACCGUCAUCCAGAUAGACCCAGGGGUGGGGGACCAGGCGGCCGGGGUGUUGGGGCUGCGGCUAGAAGGAGGUGUGGGGGCCACGGUGCUGGUGCAGGGGGAGUUGGAGGAGGUGCACGAGGUGCAGAUGGAGCACCAGGGGCAGCUGCACGAUGCGGAGAUCGUGGUGGAGGAGGAAGAGGCGCGUGAGGAACGCCAGGCCCAGUGAGAGGAGAGGCCAGCAGUCAAACGGUCGAGCAGGGAGAGGGAGGCGGCAUGUGGGCGGGGCCAUUCUACAGCGUAGCUAAUUCAGAGCCACCAGGGAAAAAAACGCUAGGCCAGGUAGCAGCGGAGGUAGCAGUGAUCAUAACAUGUGAUUGUGUUCUUUUUUUAACAUAGUUUUUUGUUCUUUUGUUUUCAUCCAAGAACUAC